AUGCCGGCUGACAAGCCAAUAGUCUGCUAUCUGGGUCCAGAGACCUCGUAUACGCACCAGGCGGCAUUGCAGGCAUUUCCUGCUGCGGAUUAUGAGCACCUCCCCGCCUUGACAAUCAAGGAUGUCUUUGACAUGACCCAAUCCGGGCGGGCUACCCACGGCGUCGUGCCGUUUGAAAACUCCACCAACGGCUCCGUCGUCUUUACAUUGGACCACUUUGCCGACCGUGACGGCCGUUAUGGGGACCUGAGCGUAUGCGCCGAGGCUUACCUGAGCGUGCACCACUGUCUCCUAGGCUAUGCACCUCCUACUGAUGGCCAGGCUGCUGCCACAGCUCCCGCCACAGCUCCAGCUACGGGAGAAGAGGAAAAGGGCGUCGUCGCCGUCGCGCAGCCCCUCGCCAGCCUCGCCCACGUCAAGAGAGUCUACAGCCACCCGCAGGCCUGGGGCCAGGUGACGCGCUUCAUGCGCACGCACCUCCGCGGCAUCGAGACCAUUGACGUGAGCUCGACGAGCCGGGCGGCGGCGCUCGCCAAGGCCGACGCGACGGGCACCAGCGCCGCCGUGAGCAGCGCCCUGGCCGCCGAGGUCCAGAGUCUCGAGGUGCUGGCGCGCAAUAUCGAGGACCGCGAGGACAAUACCACGCGCUUCUUUGUCCUGCGCAAGGAUGCGUGUGGGAGUGAGCUGGCGGCGUCGCCGUCACAGGUAGCGGUAGAUGGCAAGCAAAAGACAAAGUCCCUCGUCUCCUUUACCGUCCCGCACACGUCGCCCGGCGCCCUGGCUGAUGUACUCGAUUGCUUCCGGGCCGGUGGGCUAAACUUGACGAGCAUCAACAGCCGACCUAGCCUGCAGGAGCCCUUUCAGUAUGUCUUCUUUGUCGAGUUUGAGGGCCACCGGUACGAUGAUCCCGAAGGCCGGGUCAAGGGGGUUCUGGAAGGUAUUGGCCGUGUCGCCCAGAGCUGGCGCUGGCUGGGUAGCUGGGUGAACAUGAGGGCAUAG